AUGGAUCCAGAAGGUAACCUUGUCGACGACUUCGUUUUUGACAGCGGUACAGGACCAUUGUCGAAAAUGGUGCUUCAUGUACGUAAUGCACCAUCACCGGGAGCGACAUCAAGUCUAGCGAUAGCGAAAAUGAUAUCUCAGGAGGCCAAGACAAGAUUUUCUCUGUAG